CUUUACAGUUUAUAUCAAGUGUAGAUAUUUUGACAAAGCCUCAACGAUGGACUCGGAAGACGAUACAAAGGAUGAUGUGGAUUCUGGGAACGAAUCGAGCGGAGACGAUGUCGACUUUGUAAUGGACGAGACCCACAGUACAAGGGAACGGCAGGUGGAGCUGGAUGAAUAUCCAUACGAGGUGCUAUCUACAGAGGAAAUCGUCCAACACAUGGUUGAUUGCAUCAAAGAAGUGAACACAGUCGUCGAGAUCCCAGCUACAACCACCCGCAUACUGCUAAAUCACUUCAAAUGGGACAAAGAAAAGCUCAUGGAACGUUUCUACGACGGCGACCAGGAUCAAUUGUUUUCCGAGGCUAGAGUCAUAAAUCCAUUUAGAAACCUGUAAUAUACAGAGCUGCCCAGACGGACGUCAACAUCAGGAACUGAGGAGUGUGAAAUAUGUUUCACAGUACUGCCAACUGCGAUGAUGACGGGUCUGGAGUGCGGCCAUAGAUUUUGUACACAAUGCUGGUGCGAAUACUUGACUACCAAAAUAAUGGAAGAAGGCUUAGGUCAAACUAUAGCGUGCGCGGCGCACGCGUGCGAUUUGGUCGACGACGCGACCGUGAUGCGGCUCGUGCGCGACGCAUACGUCAAGCUCAAGUACCAGCACAUCAUCACAAACAGCUUUGUGGAGUGCAACCGGCUUCUCCGCUGGUGCCCAUCGCCAGACUGCAGCAACGCGAUCAAAGUAGCGUACGUGGAGGCGGCGCCCGUCACCUGCCGCUGCGGACACACCUUCUGCUUCAGCUGCGGAGAGAACUGGCACGACCCCGUGCGCUGCUCGCUGCUGCGCAAGUGGAUCAAGAAAUGCGACGACGAUUCUGAAACAUCGAACUGGAUAGCGGCCAACACGAAGGAAUGUCCGAAGUGCAACGUGACCAUCGAAAAGGAUGGCGGCUGCAACCACAUGGUGUGCAAGAACCAGAACUGCAAGGCGGACUUCUGCUGGGUCUGCCUCGGGCCCUGGGAGCCGCACGGCAGCAGCUGGUACAACUGUAACAGAUACGACGAAGACGAAGCAAAGGCGGCCCGCGACGCCCAAGAGCGGUCGCGCGCCGCACUACAGCGGUACCUGUUCUACUGCAACCGCUACAUGAACCACAUGCAGUCGCUGCGCUUCGAGUCCAAGCUGUACGCCUCCGUCAAGGAGAAGAUGGAGGAGAUGCAGCAGCACAACAUGAGCUGGAUCGAGGUUCAAUUCCUAAAGAAGGCCGUGGACAUCCUCUGCCAGUGCCGGCAGACGCUCAUGUACACGUACGUGUUCGCGUACUACCUGCGCAAGAACAACCAGUCCGUCAUCUUCGAGGACAACCAGCGCGACCUCGAGUCCGCCACCGAGACGCUCUCCGAGUAUCUGGAGAGGGAGAUCACUAGCGAAAACCUGGCCGACAUCAAGCAGAAGGUGCAGGAUAAAUAUAGAUACUGCGAGAGCCGGCGCCGCGUGCUGCUGCUGCAUGUGCACGAGGGUUACGAGCAAGACUGCUGGGACUACACAGAGUAAUCAUCUCACUACUAACCUCACAUACAACUCACACACACAACUGUGCUGAACUCACUAAGGCGAUGUGAGGAAUAAGUGCUUCUAACUCUUACAGUACACAGAGAACGUUAAACAGGAAAAGCAAAGUUCUUCCUUUUUAACUGUAUCUGUUUACGUACUUGUGCA